GGCAGAGUGAGUAUUCUCAUGGAUCAUAUUCUAGAACAAUACAUAUGUAAUAAUAACCUUUUUUGGAUUAUAUACAAGAAUAAGCAAUAAAAAAAGCAUAGAAAGUUAUAGCUUGUCAGUCACUUCCCCGCAUUAGUAGUAAGUUACAUGUAAUUAUCCGCGUGGAGAAUGGUAGGAUUAGUCGCCGGCAUGUGAGUGACCGUCGUCUGGUCAGUCAGACAAGGUGACCCCGAUCCACCUUCCUCUUAUAAUGCAGAGUCCCUCCAUCUCUAACAGAUCGCGACAAGCCCGCGAACGCAUUUCUGACAUCGCCCACAAGCUCACGCUCACGCUCCAGCCCCAAUCCCAGCCCGCCACCAUGCCGUCACAAGCUGCUCUGCUGAUCGGUGAGAUCACGCAUGCUCGACCAGAAUGGGAGCAGUUGUCGUCGAUACUCACACUGAAGGAAUUCCCAAGCGGGACAAGAGAGGAAUUUUUGAGUAACUGCAAAGCCGGCAAAUAUGACGACGUGGUCGUGAUUUAUCGCAGCAAUGUUUCCAACAAAUACACGGGACCGUUUAAUAGCGAGUUAGUGUCAGCGCUGCCGAAAUCAGUCAAAUAUAUUUGCCAUAAUGGGGCUGGGUAUGAUAAUAUCGAGGUGUCGGCUGUGACACAGGCAGGUAUUGCGGUGUCGAGCACGCCAGUCGCUGUGAAUAAUGCCACUGCCGACGUGGGCAUUUUCCUCAUGAUUGGCGCUUUGCGCCAGGCCCAUGUUCCGUUGUCUUCUAUUCGAGCUGGCACAUGGACAGGAAAAUCCGGAUUAGGCCGCGAUCCCGAAGGUAAGGUUCUUGGGAUUCUAGGAAUGGGUGGAAUCGGACGGGAAAUGGCCCACCGUGCGAAAGCGUUCGGCAUGACAAUCCAAUAUCACAACCGCACCCGUCUCUCGCCAGAGUUAGAAGUCGGAGCGAAAUACGUCUCAUUUGACGAGUUACUUUCAACUUCGGACGUCUUUAGCUUGAACCUCGCCUUGAACGCAUCUACGAGACACAUAAUUGGAGCGAACGAGUUGGCGAAGAUGAAGAGCGGCGUGGUUAUUGUCAACACUGCGCGCGGCGCGUUGAUUGACGAGAAGGCUCUGGUUCAGGCCCUCGAGUCUGGGAAGGUUGCAUCUGUCGGCCUGGACGUUUACGAGAAUGAGCCCAAGGUCGAAGAGGGGCUGUUGAAGUCGGAUAAAGCGUUCUUGCUCCCGCAUAUUGGGACCAUGACGUACGAGACGCAGAAGGAUAUGGAGCUGUUGGUGUUGAACAAUCUGCGCUCUGCUGUGGAGAAGGGGGUGCUGAUUACGCAAAUCCCUGAGCAGAAGAAAUAGCCUGGUUAGAAUAGAAAUGAAAUGAAUUCUUUGUCCUGUCGAG